CAGAGGCGUACAGUCAUCUUUUGUCAUGGUGGUUGGAGUUUUCUGCUUUUUUACAACAGAAUCGCUCUGUGCUUUUGUUCAUGUGUACUUCUGAAGUCGUUGGUGGGACUCAGCAGUGUUUCCUCCUUCUGCUGUUUGGGGGCCGUCUCUUCAGGGUCAGGAUUUCCUCAGAUGUUUUACAUGCAGCUCAGGAUACAAGUAAUCAGCAGCUGUCGGGACGCUAUGAAGCCUGCAGGGUUAAAAUGCCCCCGAACCUCUCAAGUCCAUCAGUGUAGUCGGCGACGCUUCCCAGAGAAUUCCUCAAAGGAGCCGUGCCUUUUCUUUGAUGACAGCUUUGCAAAACCCUUGGCCUUCUCUCAGUGAGCUUCAUGAGGCGAGUGAUGCAUGCUGCAAACAGUGUGUGCGUGUAGUGUGAGCAAGAGCCAUCAGUGUAUGCGUGCGCUCGCCUGCCCGUGUGUGUGGUGUGUGUGUGUUUGUGUGUGUGUGUGUACAGAGAGAGAGAGAGAGAGAGAGACGUAGACCGAGCCCCUAACACGGAGCAUGCCUCUGCGUCCGGCAGCCGGCAAACAUGAGCCACCCAGCCCUCCACGGCAGGACCAGCAGCAGCAGCAGCACACACACACACACUCACACACACUCACACACCCUCACACACACGCAGCAAACGGCAGCCAGGGGGCCAGCACUGACAGCAACAGCUCCCGGGAAGAGGACAGUGGUGCUCCCGUUCCUCACGGCGUUCCGGCUUUCCGUCCCGGCGCAGAGCGUAGCCACAGUGCAAGAGCACCCAUGGAGGAGCCGACAGGCAACACCGUGGUCAUCCGCAUUGGAAUCCCAGACCUACAACAGACGAAAUGUAUGAAAUUCAAUGUGGAUGCUCCAAUCUGGCUGUCCAAGCAGCGGAUCCUGUGUAAUCUCAACCAGAGCCUGAAGGAUGUACUCAACUAUGGCCUAUUCCAGCCGGCCUACAAUGGCAAGGCUGGCAAGUUCCUGGAUGAGGAGAGACAGCUAAGGGAAUACCCCUUCCCAUCCAUCGCUCCUGUACCUUACCUGGAGUUCCGCUAUAAAAGACGCGUCUACACUCAGACCUACCUGGAUGAAAAGCAGUUGUCUAAGCUCCACACCAAGGCAAACCUGAAGAAGUUUAUGGAGUUUGCACAGCAGAGGAACAUCGAAAAGGUCUCAAGGUUCCUGGAAAAAGGUCUAGACCCCAACUUCCAUGAUCCGGACUCAGGAGAAUGUCCUCUCACGCUGGCAGCACAGCUGGAGGGAUGUGCAGAGCUCAUCAAGGUGCUGAAAAGUGGAGGGGCGCAUCUGGACUUCAGGACAAAAGAUGGCAUUACAGCCCUACACAAGGCUGUGCGCAGCAAAAACCAUACAGCUCUAAUAACGCUGUUGGAUUUGGGAGCAUCUCCUGACUAUAAAGACAGUAGGGGGCUAACUCCUCUCUACCACAGUUCAAUGGUAGGAGGAGACCCCUACUGCUGUGAGCUGCUGCUGCAUGAUCACGCACAGGUCGGCUGUGUGGAUGAGAACGGCUGGCAGGAGAUACAUCAGGCAUGUCGCUAUGGUCACGUACAGCAUUUGGAACAUCUGCUGUUCUAUGGAGCCGACAUGAGCGCCCAGAAUGCAUCUGGAAACACCGCCCUGCAUGUGUGUGCACUCUACAACCAGGACAGCUGUGCACGGGUUCUCCUGUUCCGUGGGGCCAAUAAAGAGAUAAAGAACUACAACAGCCAAACUGCUUUUCAGGUGGCUAUUAUAGCAGGAAACUUUGAUCUGGCAGAAAUCAUUAAGGUCCACAAAGCAUCAGAUGUUGUGCCUUUCAGGGAGACCCCCUCCUACACCAACCGUCGACGUGUGAUGCCUGGACCCCUGCCCUCACCACGGUCCUUGCUCCGCUCCGCCAGUGACAACAACCUGAACGGGGACCACGAUCACAUCCACAGUCAGGCCCCCCGAGAAAUCCGUGGCCGCCAGGGUCACUCCCCUGUCCCCUCGCUGCGCAGCCUGCCAGCUUUUGGGCAACAGCACAGCAGCCUUGGAGAGAGUCGUCAUGGAGAGAUCCCUGACAGCAGUCUCCAGAGUACCGGCAGCUCCAGAUCCUCCCAUUCCCGCUCGCCUUCACUACAUCACAUGCAUGAAGAAGACAAGCCUGUUCCCAGACGCUCCCACAGCCACGGCUACCCUCACGGACACGGCCCUCGUGGAAGACUCAGCCCCGGUUCAGUGCAGCGAGACCCAAGCCCACCUCAUCACACCCCUCCAGCACUGGCUGGCCCCCGUGGGCCCAAACGAAAACUCUACAGCGCUGUCCCAGGACGUACUUUCAUCGUGGUCAAGCCCUACACACCACAGGGGGAGGGAGAGAUACAACUCAACCGUGGAGAACGGGUCAAAGACUAUGACUGUAAUGACCUAGAAGCUACAGCAGAGGAGCAUCUCUAUGAUGAAAUCAGACUGGUGAGGAAUGACUGUCUGGACUCAGAUGCUGACUACCAAUGCGAUGAGGAUACUGACGAUUACAUUAAUGACACUGAUGAUGAUUCUGAUGAAGUGCUGAGCAUAGGGGAAGGAGGUUUCUGGGAAGGCACGGUCAAAGGGAGGACAGGAUGGUUCCCUGCAGACUGUGUGGAAGAAGUUCAGAUGAGGCAGUUUGACCCACGGCUAGGUAAGAUUUCUACAUGCACACUGACACACAUACAUGUGCGUACUGUGCACUCAUGCUGUCACAGUCCAGCAAGCUUUGAUUUUGCUCCAAUGUGUUGUACUUGUGUUUGGUUGGAGAGCUGUCCUUGGGGCAACAACAUGUGCAGCUCUGACACUGAGAUUGAAACUCUGUGCAGCAGCUUCAUAAACGAGUAUCGUGAAAACCAUCUGGUCAUUGUGUGGAAAAAGUAUAGCAAGAUACUGCUGCGGCACGGCCAGAGCUACCUGCAGCCAACAGUUCGUCUUCAACCAGUGCUUGGGGGGACAGAGGAAGGGAGAAUCAAAAGAAGCUAUAGAUUUUAUUUGCUGUACUGUGCGGCUUUGAAAUAUCAGUGUUUCUUCUCAGCCGAGACUCCCAUUGAAGAGUUCACUCCCACCCCAGCGUUCCCUGCCCUGCAGUAUCUGGAGUCUGUGGACGUGGAGGGAGUGGCGUGGAGGGCUGGUCUGAGGACAGGGGACUUCCUCAUUGAGGUAAAUGGGGUAAAUGUAGUGAAGGUGGGCCAUAAGCAGGUGGUGUCCUUGAUCCGGCAAGGGGGCAACAGACUGCUGAUGAAGGUCGUUUCUGUCACACGCAAACCUGAGUCUGAAGAAGUCGUUCGAAAGAAAGCUCCCCCACCACCCAAGAGAGCUCCCAGCACCACCCUGACGCUGCGCUCUAAGUCUAUGACCGCUGAGCUGGAGGAACUGGCUUCUGCUCGGAGGAGAAGAGGAGAGAGAUUAGAUGAGAUGUUGGCAUCCCAGGAGUCUAUGUUGCGUUCUCAGCCCUCGGAGGCAGAUUACAGAGCAGCCACUGUCAAGCAGCGGCCUACCAGCAGGAGAAUAACACCAGCAGAGAUCAGUUCACUGUUUGAGAGACAAGGGAUGGCUCUACACGGAGGUCUUCACCCUGGGAUUGAGAGAGGUCACAUACCGCUACCAAAGGGAAUGUCCAGGACCAAGUCUUUUGGUGCCACUGAGGAGGAUCGGCUGUCCGCCCUUGCAGGCGAGCACCGAUUUCCCCGCAGUUCCUCUAUGACAGACAGCCUCCGAGACCACUCACAGCCCCAUCCCAUCCCUCCACCUCCACAAACGGCACCUCCUCCUCCCCCCUACUACCUAGACACCGGUCCUCCCCCUGCUUUCUGCCCUCCUCCACCCCCCUCUAGGACCCAGAGUCAGGGCCAUGAUCCUGGAGGACGUUCCAGCUUCAAGCCCUCCUCCUUAGACCUGCCUUAUGAGGCCGCUCAGCGGCAGGCCACACACAUCGAGAGACAGAAGAAAGCCCGUUCCAUGAUAAUCCUGCAGGACUCCUCCCAUCUACCUGUAGAACCUACAGAAAUUCCCCGACUUUCUGCUGCUACUCCACCUGAGCGAAUCAAAAGGAAGGGUCGGAUUAUUGACAACCCUUAUGCUAAUGUGGGACAGUUUAGCAUUGGACUGUACACACCCACCAAGCCCCAAAGGAAGAAAAGCCCACUGGUGAAACAGCUACAGGUGGAAGAUGCACAAGAAAAAGCUAGUUUGGCCUUAGCUGCUGCCCACUCGCGAGAGAGCUCACCCUCAGGACGACACCCACAUACCCACGGGCACACACACACCAGCCGUGCAGACUACUACCAGCAGCAGCUGAUGGCUGAGCGAGAGCGAAUGCGUGUGCAAGGAGAGAUGAUGUUUCAGGGUAAGGGCCCCUUCGCUGCUGCAAUUGCUGGAGCAGUGAAAGAUCGCGAGCGUCGCCUAGAAGAACGGAGGAAAUCCACUGUCUUCCUUUCUGUUGGGACCAUGGAGGGGGCACCUGCCUCCAGCUCUGAUGCCCCCUCUCUGACUCAGUCUCACUCAAUCGAUGAACGGAUGCUGACCCGCGAGCUGGGACAGCUGCCUCCCCCUGCCUUGGCUCUGAGCCCCUCACCUAGUGGGACCACCUUUAUCCAUCCACUUACAGGAAAGCCCCUGGACCCUAAUUCACCACUGGCUCUUGCGCUGGCCGCAAGGGAGAGGGCACUGACCUCCCAGAGCCAGUCCCCAACUAGCAGCCCAGAGCCUCGGACUAAACAAGAGCGAGUAGGCCAGGGUGUAAUAUUCAUUGACAGUCAGACCAAAGAGUCUCCACAUGGGGAGGGGGUGCCUACAUCUCCCCCUUUUUCACCUAAAAGCGCCAAGGCAGCGGGUUAUGGACUUGGACCCUCCCCAACAUCAAUUUUAGUUCCCCAGCCCACCAAGCCACAAUGGGCUACGUCAUCUUCGCCUGUAUCAUUCCGGCAAGAAAUGGAGGCCAGAAUAGAGGAGAGGAAGGAGGAGAAGAGACUAGAGGAUAAAAAAAGUAUGUUAAUCAGUAUUAUGGAUACAUCACAGCAGAAGACAGCAGGGCUGAUCAUGGUCCAUGCUACCAGUAACGGCCAGGCUGUUGGGGUGACUUCGGAACUAGAACAGACGCCCGCCACGGUAUCCAUGGAGCCUAGCAAAUCGCCAAGUCCACGGGCUAAAUCCCCCAGCCCCACUGUCUCCCAGCCCCAGGCCCAGCCCCAGGCCCUGCCUCAAACUCAGCGUCCUGCCAGUCCAGCCCAAGAGAAGAGUCUGGCUCAGGGAAGCUCCGAGGAGGAUGUGGAUCCGUACACAGUGACCCUGCCCCCUGCCAUGUUAUCCUCCAGUGAUGAGGAGACAAGAGAGGAGCUACGUAAGAUUGGAGUUGUUCCACCACCAGAUGAGUUUGCUAAUGGGCUGCUUGCACAGGCACAGGGGGCCGUGUCCCCAGCUAAACCUGCCACCUCUCCCACCACCCCUACAACGCCAACACCCCAAACUCCCUCAACUCCAACAACCCCAAUUGUCACCCCCACACAGCCUCCCCAGCCCCCACCUCCAUCCAGUGCAGCAGCUGUCUCAGGGAAGCCCUCUGACCCUCUGGAGCCCCCACCGGUGGGUGAGUCUGGCUCUGCGGCUGACUCAGGCGUGGAGGAGGCUGACACACGCAGCUCCAGCGACAGAGAGCGAGACCACCAUCUCGAGACCACCAGCACCGUCUCCACGGUUUCCAGCAUGUCCACAUUGUCCUCAGAAAGCGGCGAGCCUGCCGACACACACACCACGCACACCUCCUAUGCUGACGGGCAGACUUUUGUGCUCGACAAGCCGCCAGUGCCUCCUAAGCCCAGACUCAAGUCCCAGAUAGGAGGCAGUAAAGGCCCCGUCACUUUCAGGGACCCUCUGCUAAAACAGAGCUCUGACAGCGAGCUGCUAUCACAGCAACAGGCUGCUGCCCUGGCUGCUGCUGCGGCUGGAGGAGCUGGGCUCCCCCCAGGUGGUUCGGCCUCAGUGACUGGUCUAGCCCCCACCAAGCCACGCUACCUCUUCCAGCGGAGGUCCAAGCUGUGGGGGGACCCUGUGGAGCCCCGUGGGCCAGGGGUAGGGCUAGGUAUUGGGAGUUUGGGCAAUCUUGGUGGGCUGGGACUAGGGCUGGGUGCAGAUGAGGGAGCAAAACCAUCUGUUAUGGGAGAGCUCAGUUCACGACUACAGCAGCUAAAUAAAGACACUAGGUCACUGGGCGAGGAACCACUGGGAGCAUCACUUGACCCAGGGAGGAAAUCACCUGUGGCAGGUGCCAGACUUUUCAGCAGCUUAGGUGAGCUCCACACCAUUUCUCAGAGAAGUUAUGGAACCACGUACACCAUCCGCCCUGGCAGCCGUUACCCUGUCACCCGACGCACCCCCAGCCCAGGUUCAGGCUCACCUGACCGGGGCGACCUUCUCGGACGAUUCUCAAGCUUCGGCCUACCGACCUCACCGACUACACCCCCUCAAACCAUCCUCAAGUCCUCGAGCCUCAGCCUACCCCAGGAGCCUAAAGAGGUCCGCUUUGUAAUGAGGAGCUCCAGCGCCCGUUCCCGCUCUCGUUCCCCGUCCCCUUCCCACUCCCCCGGGUUGGGGUCACCGCUUUUAGCCCUCCGGCCCUUCCACCAAAAACCCCUCCACCUUUGGAACAAGUACGACGUUGGAGACUGGCUGGAGAGCAUCAAUCUGGGGGAGCACAGAGCGGGGUUUCAGGAACACGAGAUCGAAGGCUCUCACCUCCCGGCUCUAACCAAGGAUGACUUUGCGGAGCUGGGAGUAACGCGAGUCGGACACCGCAUGAACAUUGAGCGAGCACUAAAGCAGCUGCUGGAGAGCUGACCCCUGCCCUGAGACACAGCAACAGAUGGAGAGAGACGAAGACAGAACCAGUGAGAUACAGAGCUGAUGAAUAGGAGAGAAAACAAUGUGGACCGCUCCUCUUUUACUCCGGCUGCUUUUUUAUGUUCGGUAUCACAAAUGUUUACCUGUGGUCCUUAACGGCAUUUUCCGUUCCCACUCUGCAUUAACACCCUGCACUUGGCACUGCACUGAAGAGGAGGAGUGAAUACAUUCGUCCCCCUCUACUCGGCCCUUAGCGUCUGCCCACCUCCUUGGCUGCAGCCAAUUAGAUCAGACCUCAAAACGAUAUCUGGUCUUUUUUUUCGCCGAGGAGAAUCGCAUGAGCUCCAAUUAAAACAUUUGAUUUGUGAAAGGUUCAGUUGUUUCCUUAGUAACACCCACACAUUCUCUCUCAUGACUCCCUCCUCUCCUCGCUACCUCUAUCCCCCCGUCUAUUAGGCCUCUGAAAAGCCUUUUUGCAGUUUGAGUAAAGGAGGAGGAGGACUAAUUUUUGUUCCAAACAGAAAAGCUCAGUUGCCUUUCACAAUAUUUAUACAGAGAUCAACAAUGAUGAACACAGUGCUAUGGUCAUAGUGCUGACACAGCUCUGAAAAGGUGUGUCUUCUGUAUACCUGCUGUUGUUUUUAAAAACCGAAGACUUUUAGAGCCCAGAGGCGGAGCUCCACAAAGUAAACCACGGGAGAAACCCCCUCUGCCUUGGUACCCAGACUGUGCUAUCUAUUAUAUUUGGAGAAUGUUUAACCAACACUCGUGGCUUUUUUCAUAAUCAAUUUUUGGGUUUUCCAAAGGGAAUAUUAUAUAUAGGUAUUAUAUAAUAUAAUAUAUAUGUAUCUAAAUAUAGCUUUCAGAAGAAAAGACAAUGUUGCAAAGAGGAUAUGUAAUAAAUUAAUUUGCGCCUGUUUUUGGUUUUUAGUAUAGAAGGCAGAGAGAAAUCUUUAAAUCUAUUCCACCAAUAGUUUACUCAUUUCUACCAAUUAUAUACAUACAUAUAUAAAUAUAUAUAUAUAUUUGAAAGAAAAAAGUAUAUAGAUACAAAAAUGAAAUUUUUGUCAUAGGUAUACAACCUUCCUUAUGGUCACCCUUUCUUGAACCGUAGCAUGACGAGUUGCAUCAUGUUUUUGGACAGAGAGUUUGUUGUUUGUGUUUAUUUUCUUACAGUCUUCCUUCAUACUAAAAGGGCAUCCCGUAAUGUGAGGCUGAGACCCCAGUUGAUACCCAUCCCUACCGCUUCAGCUACACAUCUCGCUGCCAUGGAUAUGUCUCCGAUUUUACCCCCCCCCCCACCCCCCAAUAACUGUGAGAGCCGCCCGCUGAGCCGGCUGGUUGCUCUGGAUCUUAUGCCUGUUUAUCACUCAGGGAUGGAAGUUUGGGGCACUAGCAUGAAGAGGUUGUUGGCUCUUUCAAUACAAUCUAUUUAAAUUCUUACAUUUGAGGACAAUUCAACACCACCACCAGUCUGAAAAAUGGUAGACAGCUAGUAUAAAUUUCCAUCCCUGUAACCCCUGAAGAUGCUUCUCAGACCAGGUUGCACGAGGUCUGGUAUUGUAAAGGAAACAUUGGGAUGUUUUUUUAAUCCCCAGUGGAAAGGAGAGCAUCAUUAACUGUUUUUUUAAGUUCAAAGUGUGGGACAAAUGAAGUUUAAACUGCACAAAUAAAGCAAAUCAUUGUUUACCUUAGAAUCCUUUACCUGGAGUGCAACUAAGACAAACUCGCCAUACAAGCUUAAUUGAGCUAGAUGUGUGUGCCCUUCUGAAAUGCCACUGCAGGAAAUGUCUGUAGUUCCUCAGGCUGUGGGGAUGGGGAAGCCUCUGUAAGGUCUUAAAGAAAAUUCAGUAUUUUACAACCUGGCAGUGUCUCGCACCGUCGCUGCUACCUUCUAUCUCUACCAUUGUCUUAUCAUGUAAACGGUGGCAGCCAGAGCACUAAAAAUAAGACCCAGGUUGUAAAAGAAAACAAAAAAAAAAACAAAAAGGAAAAACUGAAUUUUCUUUUAACAACACAAAUCUGCAAUUGUACUCAUGAGUAGCUUCUGCUGGCAGUGAGAAACUGAGUUUUAUUCAAGCAACAACAACAAAAAAAGCAUUUUAGCAUAGCUUUUCUCUGACAGAAUGCCAGGAAACUGUAUUGACACUAAAAACCUCUGUACAUCAGCAGCAUCCAGUCAGUAUGCCAAGACAGUUUUACUUGGCGAAAAGUUGUGUGCAUCUUUUUUUUUUGCUAGCAGUUUGUAAAAGCGGGUGGUGAACAUUUCGUUGUAUCUGGGUUGUAGGAAUAGCACUCACUGCCUCACUGUGACCUCACUGAUCAUUUUACUUUUGAUUCCAGUGUUAUGUCCUCAGACUCAUUUGGACCUUCUUCUUUUUUUUUUGUUUUCUUUUUGCUGUUCUUUUUAAUUUUGUCGUCGUCGUCGAAUCGUUACCCUCGGACACUGUGGGUAGAUUUUGUAGCGUGUGGAACAUGAUACUUAAAAUCUUUCACUCAUUUGAAUUUUAGAGUGACAGAAGAAAAAAAGAAAAAAAUAUCCUGUUCAUCCUAAACAUACUUACACUUGUAAAAAAAAAACCAACAAACUACAAAUCUUUGCUUUUUUUAAAAAAAUCACAAGCAAUGUAUAUAUGAUAGAUUUCAUAUAAAUUUUUGAAAAACAAAAAGUAUAUAGAUCUAUAUAUGAAUGUUUGGCAUAUAUGCAUAGUUAACCACCUGUGGAAAAGGUGAGCAGAUUUUAUUCUUUCUAUGAACUCUUGAACUUUUGAACUCUGAACUAUGAACUAGGGGAUGAUUUGCACAAAACAAGGUGACAAGGUGCUAACAUAAAAGCCACCCAUCGUCCAAGCGCAUGCGUGCAUCUGGAUUCCCUGAACCUCUCUGUGUGGUCGUUCCUCUUCACCGUGUGCUGCGUGUGUGUGUGUGUGUGUGUGUGUGUGUGUGUGUGUGUGUGUGUGUGUGUGUGUGUGUGUGUGUGUGUGUGUGUGUGUGUACGCGAGCAAAUGCUUUCCAUUUUUUUUGUGUAUCUGUUGGGGAGCGAGACGAUGAGAAUGCAUGUGACAGUGAGAGAGUGUGUGGUUAAUCCUUAGGGUUUACAUCUUUGGAGUUUAGUCCACUAUAGCCUUACUGUAUUACCAUCAGAGAUUCCCGGCAGCGGCUGUGUCACACAAACACACACACAAACUCACAAAACAUGCACACACAGACAGAAGAAAAUGCACACAUUCAUUUCAAGAUUGAACAUCAUCGUUCUGCAUUGUUGUUUUAUACUCAGUGACGUCUUCAGAUAGUGGACUGCUCUGCCCCAGAGACGAGCAGAGAGGGAGAGAUAUUGGUAAAAAUAAAUAAAUAAAACAAAGUAAACAACACUGUCACAUUUUAUAUUGCAAGACAACUCACCUUGUAACUGCGUAGGUACACCUUAUGCAGUGUCACUGUUUUGUACGCUCAUUCCCAGAUGGCAUUUGCGCUCCUUACCCUCCACUCUGUCUGGCAGCACUCCUUUUUCCUUUUUCAGACCUUCAGUUUCUGAGUUUUGGAUAUGCUAUAUGAGGUAAUCCAGUGAGGAACAAACAACACAAAGGAAAAAUGUGCCAAAAAGUAACUUAAUUUUUAACUGUGUAUUUGUCUUUGCUUUAGGACUAUCUUAGUUACAGCAUUCUUGAGCUGUUAGAUAAUAUGAUAAUAUGGUGCCAUCUCCUGGAAAUCUUGAGAACAACAGACGUGUUAGAUCUUUCUGUAUUUUCCUGCAGGUGGAAGUACAGUCAUUUUUGUUAUUUUGUGAAGAAGCAGACUAUAUAUAUAUAUAUAUAUAUAUAUAUAUAUAUGUGUGUGUAUAUAUAUAUAUAUAUAUAUAUAUAUAUAUAUAGUCUGUGUAUAUCUACUUGCAUUAACAUUUCUAUUUAAAUUUUGACGUAACACAUUUGCUUGAUUUGACUGUGCUGAAGGCUACUGUUCCCAUAUAAAUACAAAUAAGAGACUAAACACUUGAGAGGUGAACGUGUACAGUCUGAUGCAGGCUGGCCUGGCUAGAAGAAUCAAUGCUGCUUGGAUUGUUGUGCAAGUUUACUACCAAUACAGAUGCAAACUGAGCAAUGUGUGAUAGACAUACACAUCAUUAGGUCAAAUAAGUUAAGUGAAGGGUUAUCUUUGUCUUAUUUUCUAAUCAACAAAGCACAAUCUACAUAGCGUAGGGGGAGCAGUGUGACCUUUUUAAAAACCCACUGGGGUCCGGUGGCCCACUGGAGCCAGUGAUCUUAUCAUCCAAGGGGUUUUUUCUUUCAUUGUUGGUUUUCUCCUUGUUUGCACUGUGAAGUUUAGAAUGGUGGAUGUAUCACUGCAACGCCUCAGCCUUGUCUCACGGGUGAACUUCCCCUUCUCGACAUCCAAACGACCAGGCGAUUCAUCUGUGACUUCUCUCCCUCCGGACACUUAGGGUACUACAGAAUCCCCCCUACACUUCAAUCCACAAGAGCCCAAGUUAAAACACAAGCGAAACCAGAAGCUACCUAGUAUUCCUCAUGCAAACAGAGCAAGGGCGAUAGUAAAGGUUGAGGCAAGAUCUGAGAUGUUGCCCAGGAUAUCUCCACCACAGAGAUAUAUGUUUGUUAUAUUAUGUAAUAAAUUUAUAAUUAAAACAUGAA